CUAAAAUGAAGACUUGUACAAUCAGUUAUAGAAAGGAAUAUUUGACUGAACUAUCUGUAAGAUUUUGAAUGUUUUAAAGUGAGCAACACUAGCUUCAUUCUCAUUUUUGAAUGGAAAAACAAUGCCUGGAUAGAUCUGUACUUUGAUACCAUGACGAAUUCUACCAUGGUGACUGAGUUUCUCCUGGAGGUUUUUGCUGAAUCUUGGGAAUUCAGGCUCCUACUCAGUGUGCUGUUUCUGCUGGUAUACCUGGGCAGCCUGUUAGGGAACCUUACCAUCAUCAUUGCUACUACAGUUGACCAGACCCUGAACACACCCAUGUACUUCUUCCUCAGGAAUCUAUCCAUCUUAGACAUGGGCUACAUUUCUGUUACUGUGCCCAAUUCUUGUAUCAACUCUAUUGCUGACCACAGAAAUAUUUCUAUGGCUGGGUGUGCAACACAAAUCUUUUUGGUCUUCUUUUGUUCAUGUGUAGAAAUUCAGUUUCUUACCACCAUGGCCCAAGACCGCUAUGUGGCCAUCUGUAAACCUCUCAUGUACCCUGUGAUUAUGACCCACCAAUUCUGUGUUCAGAUGACACUGGCUUCCCUACUUACCUCUCUUAUCCUUGCAAGUGUGCACACUUCCAAAACUUUCCAGCUGUCCUUUUGUCACUCUAAUAUAGUCCCUCAGUUCUUCUGUGAUAUCCCCUCUUUGCUGAGGCUUUCUUGCACUGACACCUUUAACAACAAACUCUUACUUCUUCUGACUGCUAUUGGGCUCAGUGGUAGCUGCUUCACCUUCAUUGCAAUAUCAUAUGUUCGCAUAUUAUCAACUGUCUUGAAGAUUCCUGUCAAAGGAGAGAGAGGGAAAGCCUUUUCCACCUGUGUCCCUCACAUUAUUGUGGUGUCUGUGUUUCUUAGUUCUGGUGCCUAUGUAUAUCUAAAACCUCCAGCAACCUCAGUAAUAGUUGAGGAUAUGACUCUUUCUGUAUUUUAUACCAUUGUUCCACCAUUCUUAAACCCUAUUAUCUAUAGUCUUAGAAACAAACAGAUAAAGGAGGCUGUGAAGAAAGUAAUAUUCAGAUUUCUUUCAUAG